CUCUCCUCACGACUGCAGACGGUGCAUCUGAGGCUGGAUGGGAAGGUAAUGACAGACGCAGACAUGGAGCAUCCGUCGCAGGGAUCGUCCGGAGCGAACGCCUCUCUCUCUCCUCCGACGCUCAGCCCCUCCAUCCCUCCCUUCGUCAAGCUGGGCCUGACUCUGGCCUACACCGUCUUCUACUCGCUGCUGUUCUCCUUCAUCUACGCUCAGCUGUGGCUGGUGCUGCGCUACAGACACAAGCGCUUCAGCUUCCAGACGGCGUUCCUGUUCCUGUGUCUGCUGUGGGCGGCUCUGCGCGCGCUGCUCUUCUCCUUCUACUUCAGAGACUGCGUGACGGCCAACGCUCUCGGACCCUUCUCCUUCUGGCUGCUCUACUGCUUCCCCGUCUGCCUGCAGUUCUUCACGCUCAGCCUCAUGAACCUCUACUGCGCUCAGGUUUUCUUCAAGGCCAAGUCGAAGUUCUCUCCUGAGCUCCUGAAGUAUAAGUGUCCUCUGAACCUGCUGUUCGUCGGCGUGAGCUUGCUGUUUCUGCUGGUCAAUCUGACCUGUGCUCUGCUGGUGAAGACGAGCCUCGCUCAGGUCAAGAGCGUCGUUCUGGUGCGCGUCGCCAUCAACGACUCGCUCUUCGUCCUCUGCGCCGUCUCGCUCGCCGUCUGCCUCUACAAGAUCGCCAAGAUGUCGCUCGCCAGCAUCUACCUGGAGUCCAAGGGUACGUCGGUGUGUCAGGUGACGCUGAUCGGGCUGAUGGUGAUUCUGCUGUACGCCUCGCGCGCCUGUUAUAAUCUAGUGGUUCUGGCUCUGACCAACAUAGAGAGUAUAGACUCGUUCGAUUACGACUGGUAUAACGUGUCGGAUCAGGCGGAUCUGCGCUCCAGUCUGGGAGACGCCGGUUACGUCGUGUUCGGCGUGAUUCUGUUCGUCUGGGAGCUGCUGCCCACGUCUCUGGUGGUGUUCUUUUUCCGGGUGCGAAAACCGGCCCAGGACCGGAGCGGCUCUGCCAUUCCCAGCCACGUCUUCUCAAACCGGCCGUAUUUCUUCGACAAUCCCAGACGCUACGACAGCGACGAUGAUUUAUCCUGGGCUUCCCAUCCGGUGACCACCUCAACCAGGUUAACCACCGCUGCUAACUAACACUAC